GCCAGCCAUUACGUUGUCUAAUUAAUCGGAGUCCUACGAAUACCUUCGGAGACCUGAGAAGACCACAACUUCUCAAUAGUAUAAGAUGAUUUCACAGCCAUAGAAGCGAUUUAUUUUCCUCCUCUUCUUAACCUUUUAAUUAGUCAACUACCUUUACUCAAUACACACCGAAUAUCUACACAUCAGAGCUAACCCCUUAACCACCAUGGCUCCGGACAUAAAGCUCGACUUCUACCCCGCACCGCACCCGAACCGAACAGGGGUCAUCAUACUCCCUGGUGGUGGAUACGGGCGUCUUACUAUGGAUCGUGAAGGCACAGUCCCAGCUCAAUGGCUCAACGAUCGCGACAUAGAUGCAUGGGUACUUUCGUAUACAAUAGUGGAUGAAUCCCAUCCGAGCCCCAUCUUCCCAGCCCCACAGCAAGAUGCGCUAGAGGCUGUAAAACAGAUCCGCGCUUCGGGCCGCGUUGAUCGACUAGGGAUAUGGGGAUUCAGUGCUGGUGGACAUCUAGCAGCUGUGACGGCGACGGAACCCAGCGCAGGUUUGGACUUUGCUAUCCUGGCGUACCCUGUGAUAACUAUGGCUGGGGGUGCUGCACAUGGAAACUCGCGACGAAGGCUUCUUGGAGACGGGUGCGCGGCUGGGAGCGACCUAGAAAAUUCUAUGAGUGCUGAGAAGCGCGUAAAUGGGAACACGCCACCCACAUUUCUAUUCCACUCUUCAAACGACGAUAAUGUCUUAGUACAAAACCCGCUGGAUUUCGCUGCAGCUAUGGCUCAGCAUCAGAGGCCCUUUCAACUUCUGAUUCUGCCAGAUGGCCCGCAUGGGAUUGGACUUGCGUUGGAUUAUGAGCACUGGGAUUGGUCAAGAGAGCUGGAAAGGUGGUUAAAGGAGUCAAUCCCGAAAGGUUCAGUGAACUAGCUAUGGCGGAUGAAAAGGCGUCGAGAAGUUAGAGGUCAAUCGAACGAAAAAAACCCCAUAUGGAACGAUUGCAAUUUUGCUAGGGGUAAGACUAAGGUGGAUACACUACCUAAAGUAAAGACGUGUGAUAUUGCUCGCAUCAUC